AUGAUACACCUUGGGGAAGAACAUGACGUUAGGAGGUUGGAAUUGAGCAUCCCCGGGCCGCGAUUGGACGACAACAACCUCGAUCACGCCAGCAAACAGGUGUUGGCUGUCGGCGCCGCAAAGGGAGGAGCCCAACGCCAAAAGUUACCACCAACAAACAUCACCAAAAGAAUCAAUCGCAUUUCCGUUAAGAGAAAGGUCUCUCGUAGGCAAAGCAGCACAAAAACACUUCUUCUCACCUUCUUGUCAACAACUCCGACAGCCAUGGCCCAAUGCGUGCCACUCAAGGGCUCCACGGCGUGCUCUGCCUUUCAAGUGUCUUCGAUAUCAACAGAUGAGGACCUGGUGAAACUAUAUCCGUUCUUGAAGGACGUCAAAGACACCACAACGUUUGACGAACAGCUAAAGUCUUAUGUACAGACGAACUACGUUCAACUCAAAUUCCAAAAUCUUUUCGGUUGCGGGGGGAUUAAGCUCACUAAUACGACAGAGCUCUAUGCGCGAUUCGCGACUACCGUACUAUGUAACGGCGUCAUUCAGAAUUCCGUCACCAAAUGCAACCUUUCAGCAGCAAAUUCCCGACCAAUUUGCGCUGAUACCUGUGCGCAAUACGCGAUCAGCGAAGCUAACAUCGUCGUUGACAGCGAUCGUUGCGAAAAUCCAAACGACAGCUACUUAGAUCAGGUUCGAGCCGACUUUACUACGUGUGCCCUGCCGGCAGACUCCUUAUCUGGUGGCGAGUGUAUCUCGGGGAUUGCGAAUGAGCCCGACAAUUGCGGAUUCGGAGAGAGCCUCUUGGGCAUGUGUGGUUAUUGCAAAUCUGGUGGACCGAACGCGACGGAUACCUGUUGCUACAACUCCGAUGCCGAGGCCAGAUGUGCCAAUGUCAUUCUCCCUUCGACUUCCCCGUCAAUAACUUUGGACCCCGUUCCAAGCGCUACUUCGACCAGCGAACCAGUAACAGAUCAUGGCAGCAAAAAGGGGCUCUCCGGCGGCGCGAUUGCUGGAAUUGUUGUGGGUGCGGUGGUGGGCCUGGCUCUGUUGGCACUGCUGAUCUUGGCCUGCAUCUUCUUGAGGAGGAGGAGGAAACAUGGCAGCCAGGACGGCAGCAUUCUGAACCAGCCGACGCCUGCUAGGAAAGGACCAUCAACAGCACAAAUGACGCAGAAUGACGGGCUGAACCAUGGAUUUGCAGGGCCACCAGGUGGAAGGAUAGCACGGAUGUCGGCCCUCGAGGGCGAUGCCCCUUCCCCGCGCUCGCGCUCUCAUCGAGGCUUCAGCUCUGGAUCUGGCGAGAAGAUGGCAGCCGCCUACGCUGUUGGUAGAACUAGCAAAAGGAGAGGCGACGAUUACUCAUCUUCCGACGGAUACCGCGACAGCCCGAUAUCUGACCGAGGUAUUGGCAUUCUGCGACCGCCGCCGACGAUGAAGAGAAGUGGCUCACUGUCGAGUGGCUCAGUUCUUGCGGGAGAAGACGGUGUCUCGCAAAUGUCAUCACCCCAGGGAGGUGUGGCCAGCCAACAAAGCGAACAGCUGCCCUUCUUCAAAGAUUACUAUUCUCAGGACGAGAUCCAUCCAGGCGACAAGGUUGCGACACUCUGGGCAUACCAGCCACGGGCUGCUGAUGAGUUCGCCCUUGAACGUGGUGACAUGCUCAAGGUUGUUGGUAUUUGGGACGAUGGAUGGGCAACUGGCGUCAUGGUAGAUGAGACUGCUGAGGAAUGGGAGAGUCGCCGCCAAGCCCAGAGAGACAGUGGAGUCUCCAACACGUCUGGAAAGAUGCGGGAUGUGUCGCCUCCUGUGAGUGGUGAAAUCAAGGCAUUCCCGCUGGUAUGCGUCUGCCUUCCCGAGCAUUGGCGACGAACAAUCGAGGGAGAUGGUUCAACCGAAACCGGAGAGAGUGCUCAGCACCAAUUAUAG